AUGGAGUGGCAACAGAUAAUUCAGGAGAACACGUUGUCCGUGAAGGCGAGGAUGCGUCAAGAGGCAUAUGAACAGAUGCUUCAGGAUGUGGCUCCGCCUGCGGUCAUGGUUCCCAAGUACAAGUGGCCAACAAAGUUACUAGCAAGACCAAGGGAACCUGAGCGAGCCCAGGUCACGAAGAUCGUGGAAGAACCGCAGAGGGGCGUCGAGGACGUGGGACCAGCCGAGGAUGUUACGCUCGAGGCAUACACCCCAAGCGUAAUUGGCUCACUCAUGGCUGUCGAAGCCCCGCCUGAAUUUGGCACCCUAGAUGCUGACAUCCAGGAUGGCGGAGGAGUUGUCGAUUCGGAAUCUUGUAAAAAAGUCCCAGAUGAAUUGGCCCAAGGAUCUGAAUGUGAUGCAUCCCAGGAUGACCCGAGCGUAGAAGAUGACGAUCUCGAGUUACCCUCGUCUGCCAUGCCUGGGACACCACUCGCAAGACUUGAUGCAGCCUAUGCCAGGUGUAUGCGAGUGAGUGCUGAAGAACUCGACUUGGAACCUGCAGUUUACAUUCGGGAAGGGAGCGAGCUCAUGUCCCAGUUGAAGGACCAGUUGGUUAUGCUACCUGAUUUGGAUGAUCUCUCUCCUGAAUGUGAUAUUGAGGCCGCUGACGUUGGAGAACCCGGUGAAAGCACGGAGGCUCAGGAAGAACAGCUGAAGUCCAUCCUGAAAAGGCACAAGAAGAUUUUCUUAGGUGACGGGAACGCUGCCCCACCCCCGGCGAGCAUCUGUGAUUUAGAUGUGGGUGAUGCUAAGCCAGUCGCUCAAAGACCCCGAUCGGUCGGUCCACACUUAGCGAUCAAGGUGUACGAAUUGCUGAAGAAGCUCCUGGAAGCUACGCUGAUUGAACACUCUGAAUCGCCGUGGGCAUCGCCAAUCGUGAUCGUACUCAAGAAGAAUGGAGUGGACAUUCGGAUGUGCAUCGACUAUCGAGUCGUGAAUAGUUUCAUUCAACUGUCGAACUACCCAUUACCGUUGAUCGACGAUCUCAUCACCGGUUUCGAAGGAAUG